GUCAUUAGUCUGGAUUUCUAAUAUUUUGCAGUGGCCCAGUUUAAACCCAUCUUCCAAAAAUCCUGUGGGUAGCCGACAAAAAUCCAUCAACUCUUCAGUUUUUUUAUUGUUUCAUCUCUCUGUAAAUCUACGUUAUCAUCGCCACUCCUUUCCACUUCCCUUGGUUUCUCCUCAUUUUUAAUACUUUCAUCGAAUCUUACAGUUGAACAAAAUCUACAAUUGAAGAUUAUGGCCAUGAACCCUGUUAGAACCACCAGAAAGUCUCCUGUUCACCCUGAACAGAGACUUAAUCAGAAAAAGUUCGAGACGCAGUUUUGGAGCAGCGAACAAACUGUGAAUCAAGCAAGGAAACUCCGCAUAGGACAUAUCAAAUACAUCUUACCUCAAUUUGAAUGUGCUUUGCUGCUCACUGUCUCAAUAUUUCCUAAACCUUGCUCAUACUAUGUGGCUUAAUACUUUUCUAUGAAAGGAAAAAGACGCUUCUGCGGUGGUGUUAGGCCACCGACGCAGCAGGAUAUAAGCAAAGGUGUUCCAGCCAGUGGAUCCAACAAUGAUAAUGAACCGUCGGUUGUGGUUCCCAAUCAGGUGAAACUCUGGACACGAAGAAGAGGACGAUUCAUGUAAGCGAUUGAUAAGCUUGGUGAAGUCUUCAUUUGCUGAGCUGGCAUUGAGGAGAUACUCUAUUUGCUUCAGAGACUUUGCAGUUGAACAAAGAAUCAAGUAUAAAAGCACAUGAUCGUCCUUUCGGAAAGAUAGCUUUGGAUUUAAAAUUGAGUCGCGAGACUUGAGUGGAGAGCAGCUGGGUUAAGCCAGUGUUCUUGAGGAGAUUGUGCUCGGGUUAAGCUGACGCAUCUCAACGGUUCGAGAUCCAAAGUGUAGUUCUUAUCUCAUUGAUUCAAUAAAGUGUUUGGAGUGUUGUGAUUGAGUUGUUACAAGAGAAUCGAUAGGUAAAACUCUAUCAAUUGGUGCGGUGAGCGGUUCGACCGCUGCGACGGUGACGGUGAGUUUGGAUCGUGUGGCUCGAAUCAAACGCGAGAAGUCGGAACAUCGCGUUGGUGCUUUGGCUGAUUCCAACGUUCGGGUGAAGUGUUGACUCCGACGGUGAGAGGAUCGAAGAAUCAAGUGGCGUCUGGAUCGGAAUCAAUGGGACUGUAUUGACGUGUGAGACAGAAGCUAUCACACCUGUGAAGAAGACUGAGACGAUGGAAAAACAGAGAUCACAUCCUUUUGUUUGUAUUCCAAUGUUUAAGCAAGUGGAGCAAGCACAACGUCAGGGACUUCAGGUGCGAGAAUCAUGUGGAGAGAAAGAAUUGAUUUCAACACAUACUGUGGUUCAGAUUGAAGCGCUCCAAAGAGAGGUCAAGAGUCCAUUUUCACCAGAAGUGGUGUUAGGGAAGGAAGCAUGUCCUAAGAUUGAUCCGGAGACAGCUUUGAAUAAAUUUCAUUGCGCACACGAGCCGUCUGAGGACAGGUAUCCAGAGAUCAGAUGUACUAAAAAGCACAAUAAGUGUUUCAAAUCUUGGAAAUUCAAGUUUAAAAGGAGGAACAUGGGAAAGGAGAGACAAAAGAAGCAUGUCCAGUACACUGCAUCUCAGGAAGAACAUCGAGGGUGCUGGCUGCAAAGGAGAAAGGAGAAACAAUUCUUGAAGUCUUGCCAGUGGAAGUAUAAAUCUGAGAUGACAAAACUCACACUACACGAUCAGUUUCUAUGUUUCGAAAUGGUGAAUUCAGAAAGAGUUGAUUGGCUACAGAAUAUAACGAGCCCAUUGUUGUUGAAGUAUAAGGUUCAAAUGGGUUGCACACAUGUGAAGAAAAACAAGGGAAUGUGUUAUGUUCUUAAGAAUUCUUCGGAUGCUUUGGUGAGUAUUUCCGGUAAAGGUGAUGCUGGUCUGAUUAAGAGAUCUGAUGUUAGUCUGAGAAAUAAAGAGAUGGGGGUUUCUCGAGGGACUUUAUGCUCUCGACGUCAGUUCCUUGCGAGAAGAACUGAUCACACAGUUCAGAAGGAACGACACCACCAGGAAAAAUUGUAUGUGGCUGGGUCAUUCAAGUUUACACAGAGGUCGUAUGCACCUGAGAAGUUAAACGAUUUGCCAUUGAAUCAACUUGGCUGUUACUUUGCUGUGGUUGUUAAGGAAGAUUAUUUUGCUGUGUCGUGUUGGGGUCAAAAUCGGUCACGACGGAAUCAAUGUCUGAAAGUCCGUAAAAAUCGGCAUGAACGUUUUUACGAAAAAUAAUUCUUCGGAAAAGAUUUAUUCUUACGAAGAGCCCUGCGGAAGAAACACGAGACAUCGGAGAAAAGCUCAAAAAAGGUCGCACGGUCGCUACGUAUCGACUGAGCGUCUGUCCCGGCCGGACGCUACGUAGCGACCGAGCGUCCGUCCCACUCGGUCGCUACGUAGCGAACGAGCGUGCAUUCCGUUCGGUCGCUACGUAGCGACCGAGCUCUUCCGAAACGUCGAUACGACACGAAUCCAUGCAUUCUCGUCUACCCUUCGAUGCUGUCUCCCGAAGACCGUAGCGAACCCAUUUCAUGUUUUCCGCCAUUCGAAGUCAUCAAUCAAACUUUACGAUAAAAACCGCGGAAAGUUUGUUUUUAUCGAAAGAAGUCGUAAUAAACGCUUCAAGUCGAAAGACAGCCCAAAGGGACCUAAGGCAUGACUCGAAACCCACCUUACGAUUUCUUAACCAGCAGCCCGUAAACCGUGGGACGGUUUAGCUUGGUUCACAAAGAAAGAUAAAUAUCAAGUUUCCGCAGAUAAAUACGAAAUUUUGAAGAUAAUUACGAAGAUUGGGAAAAAUGGAAUAUCUUUAGGCUAUGACGGCUUAUGGGCAGAAGGGGAAAAGCGUAAACCGACCUAGGAGCGAGUAUAUAAGGAGUCCUAGGC